AUGGCGUUGAAAUCCGCAAUCCGCAAUCUGCGGAAUAAUCCUCACCUCCUCUUUGUUCGCCUGCCAAAUCUCCUCUCCUUCCUUUGUAUCGUCGUCGGCGUAGUAUGGCUACUUCUCCUGCCUCUGAACGAGUACUCCCGAAACACCUACAUCUCCGAGAAUGCGCUUCUACCAGGCCAGGUCCAUGCCUAUUUCACCGGUAGCGAGCAGAAUAUCUUCCGUGGAUAUAAACGGGAACUAGAAGGAUUGUUGAAUGAAGGACAAGAACGGGGCGGACAAAAGGAUGAGGCGGAAGUGACCGCGGCGGUCUCGGACAAGGUCCUGUCUAUCUUGCAAGCUGCUGGGCUCAAGGUGGCUACUCAGAAGUACGAGUAUACUUCUGCUGGUAUCACGCAUCAAGGAGAGAAUGCCUAUGCUAUUAUCCAUGCGCCGCGUGGUGAUGCCACAGAGGCCAUUGUUUUGGUUGCAGCAUGGAAGACGGCUGACGACGAGCUGAAUCUAAAUGGUGUUACUCUGGCCUUGACUCUGGCGAGAUAUUUCAAGAGAUGGUCAUUAUGGUCCAAGGAUAUCAUUUUCCUGAUCACUCCCGACAGUAAGAGCGGAACUCAGGCUUGGAUCGAUGCCUACCAUGAUAUGCAUCCAGCAUCAGUGCAACCGCUUCCUUUGAAGAGUGGAGCGUUACAAGGAGCUCUGGUAAUCGAAUACCCAUUCGAGCACCGUUUCAAGUCCCUUCAUAUCGUCUACGACGGUGUCAACGGCCAAUUACCCAACCUCGAUCUAUUCAACACCGCCGUCGCCAUUGCAGGCGGGCAGAUGGGUAUCGGAGCCAACCUACAAGAGAUGUGGACCCACGAUGACAGCUACGAGCAUCGCCUGCAGACUAUGUUCCGUGGCAUGACCAAGCAGGGUCUCGGAUAUGCCACUGGCGCGCACAGUAGCUUCAUGCCAUACCACAUCGAUGCUAUUACUCUACAACCUAAGGGUGAAGGCUGGGAAGACGAAAUGGCUCUGGGCCGCACAAUCGAGAGUCUCUGUCGCAGUCUGAACAACUUGCUGGAACAUCUGCACCAGAGUUUCUUUUUCUACUUGCUCAUGCAGUCCCAGCGCUUUGUUAGCAUUGGAACUUAUCUCCCGAGUGCCAUGCUCAUCGCUGGUAACUUCACUAUCAUGGCUAUUGCCUUGUGGAUGCGCACUGGUUACUACCCAGAGACCAAGCCCAAGACCGAGACCAAGAAGCCAUCCGACGAGAAGGCCAAGUCCAAUGCCGUUGCAGAACGCAAACUGGCUCUUCCUCUCUCGCUCGUCGUUGGUCUACAUUUACUCGGUCUUGCUCCCCUCUGGAUCUUCAACAACAUCUUCCACCAGUACUUUAAAACAACAACCUACAUCUUCAUGAUAGUAGACAUAACCCUCCCGCUCCUCCUCUCCUCCCUCCUCUCAACACCCCUAGCCCUCAAAUCCCCAAUCAUCCCCCAACAAUACCACCUCAUAAAAUCCUUUUCCCUCCUCCUCCUAGGCCUCUCCCUCUCAACCCUUGCAACCCUAAACUUCUCCCUCUCCUUCAUGAUCGGUCUCCUCUGUGCCCCGCUCACCUUCAUCUCCCGCAUCCAGGGCUCCGCGCCUUUCCGUUGCAUUACUUCGGCGCUCGGGUUGGUGGUCCUUAAUCUGCUUUCCCCGCCGACGGUUCUGGUCGGUGUUUGUUGGUAUGCCGGUGUUGACGUUGAGACUGUUCUUACGCAGGCUGCAUAUUAA